AUGCAGGCCGCAGAUCGCGAGCGGUUCGUGCCGCGUGUCGGCAAGUGGGAGGGUCGCGUGAAUCGCAGGGCGGAAGCCGAGUUGCGCGAACGCCUCAGGAGUCUGAAUCGCGGCCGCGGAGACUCUCUGGUCGGCUCCAUGUCGUGGCGCUCGAGCGUCUCUGGGGCGUCGUCGGCGGGGCGAAGCGCAGAGAGCCUCGCGGUCAGCCUCCGCAGGCGAGACGGCGAGGGCUCGUCAGCUGAAGACGGCGAGCUGGGCAGCGCGACGGAGCUGCCCCUGGCGCCCGGCGGAUACGCGGACGAGGAAGUCGACGCGGCCGCGCUUGCAGAGGCCGCCACAGACGAAAACACAUGCGCAGAGCUCGCCUGGAAGGAGAUGUCGACCCAAGGCGACUUCGGGCACGCCCUCGUUGCCGCUGCGGCUCAGUCAACGCGGCUGAACACGGAGCUUAGGGAGCUCGUGGGGCAGUUCCAAGCACAUGUCACGGAAGACCGGCAAACUCUACUGGAGCUCGACCGGCGCAUAGCUGCGCUCUCGCCGGUGGAAGACGACGACGAGGAGGAAGCGCCGAUUGACGUGCCGGCGCCGAAGAAAGCCGCCUCGAGGUCGGUCUCCUUGGUGGCGUCGAAGCGAGACAUGUUUGAAAAGAAGGCGACGACAGCCGUUUUCACUGGGCAGCUGCGUACGAAGAAAGUCAGUUCGUGGCUCAGCAAAAUGCGGAGGUGA